GUAUGUCCAGAUGUGGUGAGUCAGAAAUCGAUGAGUUCGUCAGGCGUCGAUGAAGCGCAACUGGAGCUUCCAUCUAGCGGUGGAGAAGCAAAUUAUGCAUCGAACAGUGAUUCUGGCGUUACGCGACGUUCUUUCGGUAGGUUUCAUUUAGCUAAAUUAUACUGGUCAGCUAAUUCUGUUGCUUCUUCCGGUGAUAUGAGUUUAUUUAAUGCGUUCGACUGGCCAAGUGUGGAUGGAGUUUCAGCUGGUCGUGCUGUAACAGUAGGAGCAUUAUGCCGGAUUAUUUGUUCGAAAACAAGUUACGAGUCUCUACCCGAUUCACAACUUGCUCAGUUUUACAAAGUACUUUACGAGUCUCUUCUUGAGAAGGACAGGCUUAUCUUGUGCUCUUUAAUUUACUAUGGCUCAAAUAUUUUUCGUCUUGAUCUACGUGGAGUUGAAGUGCUCUUACCAGUGCUUGUGGAUGCCAUCGAUAUUAUCUUAACUGAAUCGUCUAAAUUAAGGUUACAUCCAUCAAUAAGCGGUAUUGAAAUGCGUCGUGCUUGCCUUAAUAUGUUAUCGUCUAUUAUUUGUUGGCCAACUACCUUUAAUUCAACUCGAAUAGCAGGUUUGAAAAUUUCUAAAAAACUGCUCCAACAAGUGAUUGUUUCAGAAAAUUGUUGUGUGUCUUUCAUACGUUCAGUGGUUAGCUCAAUUUGUGAUAAUCUUUGUAAACCGCAUUGGUCAUCAGACUUAUCGGUGUGUUUAGCAGCUAUAGAUUGUCUCAAUGCUUUAUCAAGUAUCAGCCAUUGCUUACUGUUUUAUAAACGUGAUCUCUCGACUGGCUUCCUCAUUGUAACAUCACUUUGUCGGUUUAUUAAUAACCAGUUAAUGAAACCACCUCCACUCCAUUCUCGUGAUCUACAUUCAUCGGUCGUGGCUGCAUUUUCAAGUUUAGCAGUAUGGUUGUGUGCUGCACCUUUACUUGCUGAAACCGAAUCUUGUUUAACUACUAUUACCGAAACCAUCGAGCUUGGUACCACUGGUGGGAAAAACUUGGUUAGAACUCCCAUGGAAGAAAGAAAAGCUGCUAGUAUUCGAGUGAAUGAUGCUGCUGAGAAUCUUCUCCAUGUUUUGUUUACAGCAGUGGUAAAUUUUCUUCCUUUAAAUUUUAUCUAUAAAUUGAACGCAAACUUAGGCCAUAUUGAUUCAUUAGGAGAUUCUUCUUCAAACAACUCUCACCAUUCAAUCGUCGUAGUAUGUUAUCUUUCUCAGGAAUUGGAAGCAGAAUUGUUUUGCUCCAGUUUUCUGGUAUUAUUUCUUUUUGUCAUACCAGAGGGUAUAUUUGUUGAAAGUGACCUAUGA